UAUCUACGUAGAAAAUAAUAUAAACGCUGCGGAAAACCGGAAAAAGACAAAAAGUGACUGUCGGCUAAAGGGGAAAAUGGCGCGAGUCUUGAACGCUAUCGUUGCCAUGUGUCCUGAUUUGGGGAUAGGAAAGGACGGAAAUCUCCCGUGGCACCCCACGAGACUCAAUGAAGAAUUCAAAUACUUCCGGAAAAUGACCACGACUGCAUCUGUGGAAGGUAAGCAGAAUGUGGUGAUCAUGGGCAGGAAGACAUGGUUUUCGAUCCCAGAAAAAAACAGACCUUUGAAUAAUAGGAUCAAUAUUGUCCUAAGUCGACAACUCAAAGAUCCUCCUGCUGGAGCCCAUCAUCUGGCUUCUGAUUUUUGCUCAGCUCUCAGGCUGAUUGACACUGAGCUGUCGGAGCGGGCUGAUCAGGUCUGGGUUAUAGGAGGUAGCUCACUCUACAAGGAACUGAUGCAGAGCCAAGGCACUAGAAGGUUAUUUAUCACACAAGUUCUAAAACAGUUUCCAUGUGAUACAUUCUUCCCUGAACUCAGACCAGAAGAGUACAAUCUGCUGCCUGGCUUUCCUGGAGUACCUCAGGGACUGCAAGAGGAAAAUGGCGUCCAGUACAGAUUUGAAGUUUAUGAAAGCAUUCUCCAUUGAUGUCAAUAUAUACAAGAAAUGGGUCCCAGAAAAAAAUGAAAUGGAAUGUUGUGUAUUGUAUAGGACUAGAUUUUGUCAUAAAUGGUACAUAUGAAAUGAAAAUAUGUCUUAAAAU